ACCAAUAUGUUCACCAGUUCUCUUUUUUCCACUGCAAUGUUUGGCUUAAUUUGACUGUAUGUUUAUUUAUGUGCCAGUUUCAAAAUGUACUUUUGGGUUUGGGAAAAACAGACCUAAACCACUACAUUUGCAUUACUCUGAGCUGUUCAGUUUCGUUUGGUUCUCUGCUUCCUGAUUCAUGUGGUUCACUGUCUUCCUGUUUUUGCGUUGACAUGUUGACUGUGUUCACGCUUCUGAUGCUCCUGAUCAUCAAGGAAGGAAGUGGGAAUUCCGACCGGUCAGUGACUUUUGAGAACCCAAAUCCUUGUGCUUUAAAGGGCAAGUCUGUGGAGUUCAGGUGCUCAUACAGCUACAGAGAAGGAGAAACUGUAAGAAAGACCACGUGGUACAGAGGGAAAUUAAACGGUACCAUUUGGACACGCGUGGCGCUUUCAGAUUUCCCUUCAUAUGAAAGUCGUUCUGAAUACCUCGGUGACUGGCAGCAUAACUGUAGCCUUGCAAUCCACGACCUUCAGGUUAAUGACACAGGAUAUUACUACUUCAGGUUUGACACAGACACGUAUGGAUUCCGUAGUAAAAAAUCUGUGUAUCUGUCUGUCACAGAGCUGAAUGUCAGAGUGUGUCCAGAGAGAGUGAGAGUGGGAGAAAAUGUGACACUUGAGUGUAAGACAUCCUGCCAUCAACUUUCAAACACUGCCUGGUUUAAAGAUGGACGCCCGAUAUCCAAAACAAUGUUCCGCGCUCAGGCAGAGGAUUCUGGGAAUUAUGUUUGUGCCAUCAGAGGACGGGAGUCAGAGCAAUCUGACUCUGUUGCACUGGAUGUCCAGUACGGUCCAUUAAACAUGUCCAUUGAAGUGAGUAAACUUGGCCAUCUAUCAAACAGCACCAGUGUGAAUCUGACCUGCAGGGCUACAGCUAACCCUGCAGCCAUAAACUACACCUGGUACAAGACUACUGGUUCCAGCUCCAGCUCUAUGGUCCAUGUGGGAUCAGGACAGGUGCUGUCUCUUACCUCUGUGGUGAGGCCUGGACUCUACCUCUGUCAGGCCAGGAACAGUGUUGGGGAGAACAACCUGACACAGACAGUGCUGAUAGCAGAUCACAAAGACAGAGGAGAACGUGUUAUUCUGCUGAGGACAAAAAGGAACAAGAAGAUGAUUAUGAAAACACCAGCAUAUAAAUAUGAUGAUAAAAAAAAAACUAAUCAAAAAACAAGGAAGGAAAUGAACUAUUAAAAAAACCCAAAUGACAUUUCAUCACACUUCAUGCCUGCUGAACUGAGCUCCAGCUAAUUCUGUGAAGUUCUGUGACUCAUUCACUGCUGCUGAUGGUGUCAUCCCUCCCAAGAUUGUGGAGGUGAUAAAAGAAAUAAAACUUGUGUUACAGUG